AUGGGGCUGCUUCGCCUCACCAACUCGCAGCUCGCGAACCUGCAGUCCCUCUUCUUCAACAUCCACGGUGUCAACUUCAAGCUCACACCCAACGCGCAGAUCUGGCCUCGUGCACUCGACGCCGCGAUCGGCGGGGACAAGAAGAGUGUGUACCUGACCGUGAACUCGAUCGGGACGCCUACGGGCAAGGGCCUCGACUUCAUCAACGUGAUGGCGUUGUGCCCUGUUGCGCCAUUGAACAGCACGGGAGGCGCGGCUUCCACCGCAGGGAGACGCUGCCCCUGGGCGGUGCUUGUCGAUCCAGCCAUGUGGGACGUCCACAGCGCGAUUCGUGCGCGUGCUCGUGACGCACAUCCCGUCUAG